UCAAACACUUCAACUUCAAUGCUAUCAGAACUAAAAGAAUAAAACUAACAUUAGAAGAAGUAGAGCACUUUGAAAAUUCUCCAGAAAAUAUUGACAUUGAACUUAGCUAUGCAUCUGCUACUGGACCUGGUGCAAAAUUUGUUCAAAUAUGUAAUUUCAGUACUGGGAAUAAAGUAAAAGUUAGUGAAGGUGAACCGAUACAUUUGUAAGGAAAAAUAGUUUCUAUUGAUAUUAAUAAAAUAAUGCCAAGCCAUAAGGAGUUAAAUGAACCCAUAGAUUUCAUGGCCUGUGAAUUGAGGAAGUAUUUAACAUUGGAGAUCAUGAUAAAGUCAUUGCGGGUAAAUAUGAAGGAGACACCGGUCUAAUUGUGUGAAUUGAAGAAAAUCGUGUCGUUUUGUUUUCUAACGUAUCAAUGCAUGGACUUGCAGUGCUACCAAUUUUAUUUAUUUCUCUGAAUAAUUCAAAGGCAACUGCUUUAAUCAGUCGUAGCAACAAUGUCGUGGAACAACUUUGACAAUUCGACGGCGGCCGAGGGCGGCUUUAUGAACACGACGGUGAACGAUUCCACCGCUGGCGAGGACAAAACCAACCUGAAACGCGGCCAGAACUGCGUACCUGUGAUGAUAGCACACCUAGUGCGAUACGGCGAGAAGCUCACCGUCUGGGGCACUCCUGUCAGGGUCGUCACCUUCGUCGGCCUCCUCCGCACAAUCAAGCCCACCAGCACUAAGGUCUCCUUCGAAUUCUCCGACGACACCAGUAACAUAUCAGGACGGAAGUGGUCGGAGGGCGAUUCAGCCAACUAGUCUCUAACGAAAGUUAAUUCAUAUGCCAGGGUGCAUGGGAUGAUCAGGGACCAGGGUGUAGAUCACUACGUCCUCACUGUCAAUAUGUAGCCUAUGGACCAUCUCAUGAAAUUGCUGUCACAUCAUAUGGAGGUGACACUUAUGAGUUUUCAGGAAAAUAGCAUGGUUAACAAAGUAGCCAACAAUGACCACUCUAUGGGCAAUCAGUCAGUGUAAAAUGGAUCGGUUAAUAAUAGCAACGCAAACUCUGGUCUCAAAUGACAACAGCAGAUGGUACUGGAUAUCAUUGAGAAUAGUGAUCCAGAGUUUGGGGCUGAGAGGGAUCAGAUUAAGACUGCAAUGGCUCCAAAUAUUCCUCCUCAAAUGGUGGACGAGAUUCUGGAAUUUCUGUCUGCUGAAGAGAUAUAAGAAAUCAAAAAAUGAUCUGUCGAGACUCGACAUAAGAGGUAACCAAACUAAACCAAAUGAGCGGACAACUAAAUCAACCCAACGACGUCAUGGCGCUAGUCUUCAUGAACAACAAAGAGAUAGAGCAAGAAAUAGCGAA